GACUGACAGCCCUUACACCAAGCAUGCAGUGAAGCUGUGAAGGGAUGGAGGAAGCUAGUUUGUGCCUUGGAGUUUCAUCAGCCGUGCCUGAAGUUGACACCCAUCUAAACAGCACCUUGUUAAAUGGCCAGUAUUCAAUGAGUCAGAAGCUGCACCAGAUCACUUCCCAGCUCAGCCACGCUUUCCCCGAGCUGCAGAACCGGCAGAAGAACGAAGACAAGACAGGGACGUCAAUUGACGAGAAAAGCCAUGUUUCAAUGGCGAAUCAACCAAUCAGCAGCCAGAUGGCCAUGUUGGCCAGUCAGCUGAAUCGAGAUGUGGAAAGCAAUCUCAACGGUAGAGUAGACCUGCAACAGUUUCUAAAUGGACAGAACCUCGGGAUAAUGUCCCAGAUGAGUGACAUCGAGGACGAUGCAAGGAAGAAUAGAAAGUAUCCAUGCCCGCUGUGUGGGAAGCGUUUCCGUUUCAAUAGCAUCCUGUCUCUUCACAUGCGCACGCACACCGGGGAGAAACCAUUCAAAUGUCCGUACUGUGAUCACCGAGCUGCUCAGAAAGGUAACCUGAAGAUUCACCUCCGUACCCACAAACUGGGAAACCUGGGCAAAGGUCGAGGUCGAGUCCGAGAAGAAAACCGGCUCCUCCACGAACUGGAGGAAAGAGCCAUUUUAAGAGACAAGCAGAUGAAAAGCAGCCUUCUGCAGCCUAGAGUGGAUGUGAAACCACAGCAGCACUUACAGCAACCCCCCUUGUCUAACUCUCACAUAUCUGUCCCAGCAAACCACAGCACAUCCGAUCUGUCUAACAAAGCCCCCUCUCCGAAGCCGGCAGCGGUCCAGGAGGAAGCAGCCACCCCAGCAACUGGGUUCAGAUGCACGUUUUGCAAAGGAAAGUUCAAGAAACGAGAGGAAUUGGAUAGGCAUAUACGGAUUUUGCACAAGCCUUACAAGUGUACUCUGUGUGACUUUGCUGCCUCCCAAGAAGAAGAGUUGAUUAGCCAUGUUGAAAAAGCGCACAUCACGGCCGAGUCUGUUCAAGGCCAAGGAUCUAGCGGAAACGGGGAGCAGUCCACCAGCGAGUUCCGCUGCGAGGUAUGCGGGCAGGUUUUCAGUCAAGCCUGGUUCCUGAAAGGCCACAUGAGAAAGCACAAGGAUUCCUUUGAACACUGCUGUCAGAUCUGCGGGCGACGAUUCAAAGAGCCCUGGUUCUUAAAAAACCACAUGAAGGUCCAUCUGAACAAACUGUCUGUAAAGAACAAAUCUCCGAGCGAAGCAGAGGUCCCGGUGUCCAGCGUAACUCAAGAGCACGCAAAUCUCUACUCCAGAUACAUAUCCUGCUUGCAAAGUGGUUUCAUGCCUUCAGACAAGGCGAGUUUAGGCGAGCACAGUCACAUGUACAACAAGGGAGAACUUCCACUGAAAGAAAAGGAAGUUCUGGGGAAGCUGCUGUCGCCCAUAGCUGCCCUGGGACAUGGCAUGACAGAAGGGGAGAAGCAUUCCUUACUCGGCUCCCUCAAUUUGGUGCCUCCUCUGAAGUCUAGCUGCAUAGAGCGGUUGCAAGCUGCGGCCAAAGCCGCGGAGAUGGAUCCAGUCAACAGCUAUCAGGCCUGGCAGCUAAUGGCGAGAGGAAUGGCAAUGGAACACGGCUUCUUGUCUAAAGAGCAGCAGAUACAGCGCAACCACGAAGAUAGUUUAGCAAAUGCCGGAGUCCUGUUUGAUAAGGAGAAGCGAGAGUAUGUAAUUAUAGGAGCAGAUGGCUCUAAACAAAAAAUGCAAGCUGACAUGAUUCACAGCUCUAAAAUGUGCAAUCAGAGAGACUUGCCGUCCAAACUGGAACUCUUAGAAAGUACCAGAGAUUUUCUGUCACAUGGCAUGAGCCAGGGGCUCGACUACAACAUGCAGAGCCACGGAAACCUGAAAGACAAGCCAACUGAGUGCCCCGACUGUGGCCGGGUCUUCAGGACCUACCACCAAGUGGUGGUUCACUCGCGAGUCCACAGAAGAGAUAGGAAAGCGGAGGAAGAGGCGAUUCAGAUGAGUCUGGAGGAGCGACGGGGAUCAGGAAGCGAUCAAGAGUCCCAGUCCGUAAGCCGAUCCACCACCCCGGGUUCGUCAAAUAUCACUGAAGAGAGUGGGACAGGUGGAGCGCUCUCACAGACAGGGAGUGCACAGGAGGACAGCCCGCAUCCUUCGUCUCCUUCCUCUUCAGAUAUGGGGGAAGACAACGGCCGAUGUCUGGGAGGACAGCAGCAAAUGCUGAGAGACAGAAACAUCGCCUUGGCCAUGAAGGACUGUCCGUACUGCGGGAAAACCUUUCGGACCUCACAUCAUUUGAAGGUGCAUUUGAGGAUACACACAGGCGAGAAGCCGUACAAAUGUCCGCAUUGUGAUUAUGCUGGCACGCAGUCCGCAUCACUGAAAUAUCACUUGGAACGCCACCACAGGGAGAGGCAAAACGGUUCUGGCCCGCUCUCCGGGCACCCUCCGAGCCAGGAACACAAAGAUGAAUCUUCCGGUAAAAACUCUCUCUUCAUGAGACCUGACAUACUGAGGGGAGCCUUUAAAGGCUUGCCUGGGAUUGAUUUUAGAAGUGGCGCGGUCUCCCAGCAGUGGCCAUCUGGGAUGCUGAGUUCCGGAGAUCGUCAGGGUCAGUCGAGCGGCAUCAGCUCUGAACCUUCUUCAGAAGCGCUAAAGAAGGCAGAAGGUUCUUCUAAAGGCCCAAACUUUUCCGAAUUCGGUAGAGCGUAUCAAAACAUCGUCGGGAACGGCGCGAACUUCCAGGGCUCGUUACAAGCGUUCAUGGACAGCUUCGUUUUAAGCUCCUUAAAGAAAGAGAGAGAAAUUAAGGAGAAAGCCUUACUGGACUCACUUCCUAUAAAAACCCUUCGGUCAGACAGCUGUGAAGAGAAAGGAGAAGGCAAAACGCCUCAGAGGAAAAUGGAGAAAUCUCAGUACGAGCCACUGGACUUGUCUGUGAGGACCGAUGCACCGUCUCUUCCCGGUUCUUCGGUCACAGUUCAAGAUAAUAUCGCCUGGCAUGGCUGUUUGUUUUGUUCUUUCACCACCUCCUCCAUGGAGCUCAUGGCUCUACAUCUGCAGACCAACCAUCUUGGGAAAGCCAAACGCAAAGAUGGGGUCCAUGGAACAACAGCCCAGAUGAAAGAUCAAUUAAGGGAAUCUUUGUCGGCUGCAAAUAAAGCGGCCGCAUCCUCCUCUUCUGUACACUGCGCUAAAGAAAUGAUGUCAUCCAAAAGUCCAUUGCAGUCUUCUGAUAAAAUCCCACUGCAGGCAAACAAUAAAGAAACUGCCCCAGAACAGAAAAGCACUUCUUGGUCCAGCCACCUGGAUCCUUCAUUUAAUAAUUUUUCCACAGACUUCUACAAACAGUUUGGAGUCUACCCCGGGGUAGGGGGUACAAACACACACAAUUCCUGCUCCAGCAUGGACAUUGACUUAAAGUCUCAGCCUGAAGAUGGACCCCAUCUUCUGCAGUGUGAUUCCGUAAAUACAGACGCUACCGAUGAUCUCUCGGAUGAGUCCUCUUCUGAAGACAUGGAAACAUGCAGAGAAGAAGACAACGAAGAAGAUAUAGAAACAGAACCAGAAAGUAUGAAUAUACCAGUUGACCUGAACAAAGAUUGCAGCGAUAUAGACGACGCUAUACCUAACCCAGCUUCGGUUAAACCCACAGAUGAUAUCCUUCCUCCAUCGUCACAAAUCAUGGAUAAGACGUGGCAUUCAAACCUUCCCUUGUCUCACGAAUCCCCGCAAAGUUCUCUGAAACUUGAUCAAGCUCCAGGUCACGAGGUCAUGGAGAAGCAAGUGAACAUGCUCUCCGUCCUGAGAGCCUACAGCUCCGAUGGCAUGGCAGCUUUUAACGGUCUUGGAAGUAACUCGGCAAGCAGUGGAUGUAUGAAGAGGCCAGAGCUAUGUGACGACCUGGACGGCCAUGUGGACCACGUUGGCUCCUAGUUUUGCUAAUCUGUGUGUUGGACUUUGGGAUUGGCUUGUUUCUUUGAUGUACCUCCGUCUCCUAUUGGUCUGUGGCAGAGGUACAUCGACGAUGUUCUUCUUCUUAGAGACUUAAUAUUAGAAUCAUUUGAAAAAUGGUCUUUCUUAGGCCUAAAAACAUAGACAGUAUUCAAUUUUUAACAUAGUGAAAAUGGGAUCUUCAUACCCAUGUAUUAAAAUAUAAUGAUUAUUUAAACCCUACUAACUUGAAUCUCUUAAGAUUGUUUACCAACAUUCCUUAUAGUCAGGGUCUGCACAGAAGACCUGCUUAAAUCGCGGGUUUGGGAGUAAGCGUAGAUUUCUUUUACUGUUGGAAAAGGCUGUUAACAGAAUACGUUAGAACCCCACGUCAGUAUUUCUGAGACAUUAAAAAAAGGAAUACAAUGGGGGGGGAUUCCGUUAAUAAUAUACUGAUUGUUAUUUCACUAUGCAAUAAAGUGCACAGCUGGAAUAAAACAAA